AUGAUUCGGGGCUUAAGAUUCCCGUGCUGGCCCUUGUUGCCGCUGGCCUUCGUCAGCCUGCUGUCCAGGGCCAGGGCGCUGGAGUUUGGGGGAGCGCCCGGCCAAUGGGCCCGCUACGGGCGCUGGGAGGCUGGCUCGGUAGGAGAGUUGAGCUUCAGCCUGAAGACCAACAUCAGCAAAGCGUUGGUACUUUACCUGGAUGACGGCGGCAACUGCGAUUUCCUGGAACUGCUGAUCGCCGGUGGGCGCCUCCAGCUCCGUUUCGCCAUCCACUGCGCCGAGCCGGCCAUUUUGCACACAGAGACGUGGGUGAACGAUGACCGCUGGCACAUGGUCUUGCUCACCCGCAAUUACCGGGAGACUCUCCUAAUGGUGGACGGUGAGACCAAAGUGGCUGAGGUCAAGUCCAAGCGGAAGGAAAUGGCGGUGGUCAGUGACUUGUAUGCGGGCGGAAUACCGCCCGACGUACGCCUCUCUGCGCUCACCUCCAGCACGGUAAAGUAUGAGCCCCCCUUCAUGGGCUUGAUCUCCAACCUGAAGGUGGGAGAGACCCCACCUACCUUGCUGAACAGCCACGGCAUCCAGAGCGACCUGGAGUACCUGUGCACCAAACAGAACCCAUGCUUCAACGGAGGCUUUUGCUCCAUCCAGUAUGGAGAGGUCCAGUGCGACUGCAGCCACACCCGCUUCAAGGGGAAGUACUGCAAGGAAGAGGAAUUUGUAACGAGAGGUCUGGCGCAUCUGACGUUAAACGACCAAGGUGACUCAUCUCAAAGCGGGAAGGAAGAGUCCGUCGCGACCUUCAAGGGCAACGAGUUCUUCUGCUACGACCUGUCGCUGACGCCCAUCCAGAGCAGCACCGACGAGAUCACGCUGUCCUUCCGGACGCUGCAGCGCAACGGCCUCAUGCUGCACACCGGCAAGUCGGCCGACUACGUCAACCUGUCGCUGAAGAGCGGCGCCGUCUGGCUGGUCAUCAACCUGGGCUCCGGGGCCUUCGAGGCCCUGGUGGAGCCCGUCAACGGCAAGUUCAACGACAACGCCUGGCACGACGUGCGCGUCACCCGCAACCUGCGCCAGCACGCAGGCAUCGGACACGCUAUGGUAAACAAACUGCAUUAUAUGGUAACCAUCUCAGUGGACGGCAUCCUGACCACGACCGGCUACACGCAGGAGGACUACACCAUGCUGGGCUCCGACGACUUCUUCUACAUCGGCGGGAGCCCCAACACCGCCGACCUGCCGGGCUCGCCCGUCAGCAACAACUUCAUGGGCUGCCUCAAGGACGUGGUGUACAAGAACAACGACUUCAAGCUGGAGCUCUCCCGCUUGGCCAUCCAGCGCGACCCGAAAAUCACCCUGAACGGCGACCUGGUGUUCCGCUGCGAGGACGUGGCGGCUCUGGACCCGGUCACCUUCGAGACCCCCGAGUCCUUCAUCUCGUUGCCCAAGUGGAACACCAAGAAGACGGGCUCCGUCUCUUUCGACUUCCGCACCACCGAGCCCAGCGGCCUCCUGCUGUUCAGCCACGGCCGGCCUCAGGCCCCCAAGGAGCAGAAGCCCGGCCGGGAGCUCAAGACCGAUUAUUUCGCCUUGGAGCUCCUGGACGGUUAUCUGUACUUGCUGAUCGACAUGGGUUCAGGCAAAACCAAGCUGAAGGCCAGCAACAAGAAGGUCAACGACGGCGAAUGGUGUCACGUGGACUUCCAGCGGGAGGGAAGGAAGGGGUCCAUCUCGGUCAACAGCCGCAGUAUGCCCUUCAGCUCCCCGGAGGGCAGCGAGAUCCUCGACCUGGACAGCGACAUGUACCUGGGCGGCCUCCCCGAGUCCAAGACGGAGCUGGUCCUGCCGCCCGAGGUGUGGACGGCGCUGCUCAACUACGGCUACGUGGGCUGCGUCCGCGACCUCUUCAUCGACGGCAAGAGCCGCGACGUCCGCCGCCUGGCCGAGAUCCAGAGCGCGCUGGGCGUGAGCAGCUUCUGCACGCGCGAGCUGCAAAAACGCUGCAGCAGCACGCCCUGCGGCAACGGCGGCUUGUGCAAAGAGGGCUGGAACCGCUACAUAUGCGACUGCACCAGCACGGGAUUCCUGGGCCCCAACUGCGAGAUAGAGGCGACGGUGCUGAGCUACGACGGCAGCAUGUACCUGAAGAUCCUCGUGCCCGUCACCAUGCACACGGAGGCCGAGGACGUGGCGCUGCGCUUCAUGUCCCAGCGGGCCUACGGCCUGCUGGUGGCCAGCACGUCCAAGGAGUCGGCCGACACGCUGCGGCUGGAGCUGGACGGGGGGCGGGUCAGGCUCACCGUCAACCUCGAUUGUAUCAGGAUAGACUGUAGCCUCAGCAAAGGACCCGAGACACUGUUUGCGGGCCAGAAACUGAACGACAACGAGUGGCAUACGGUGAAGGUGGUGCGAAGAGGCAAGAGCCUGCAGCUCUCAGUGGACAACGUCACAGUGGAAGGCCAGAUGACUGGCGCCCACACUCGCCUGGAGUUCCACAACAUCGAGACGGGCAUCAUGACCGAGCGCCGCUUCAUCUCGGUGGUGCCGUCCAACUUCAUCGGCCACCUCCAGGGCCUCUCCUUCAACGGCGUGCCCUACCUGGACCAGUGCAAGAACGGCGACAUCUCCUACUGCGAGCUCAACGCCCGCUUCGGCAUGCGCCACAUCAUCGCCGACCCGGUGACGUUCCGGACCAAAGGCAGCUACCUGGCGCUGGCCACCCUGCAAGCGUACGCCUCCAUGCACCUGUUUUUCCAGUUCAAAACCACCACAGCCGACGGCCUGGUGCUCUUCAACUCUGGCGAUGGGAGCGACUUCAUUGUUGUGGAACUGGUCAAAGGGUUCGUCCACUACGUCUUUGACCUUGGCAACGGCCCGUCGCUCAUGAAGGGCAACUCGGACAAGCCGCUCAACGACAACCAGUGGCACAACGUGGUGGUGUCCCGGGACGCCAACAACGUGCAUACGCUCAAGAUCGACUCGCGCACCGUGACUCAGCACUCCAACGGAGCCCGGAACCUGGACCUCAAAGGAGAGCUGUACAUCGGUGGCGUGAUCAAGAACAUGUACAGUAAUCUGCCCAAGCUGAUUGCGUCCCGGGACGGCUACCAAGGCUGCCUGGCCUCCGUGGACCUGAACGGGAGACUCCCUGACAUGGUUGCAGACGCCCUCCACCGGGUGGGCCAGGUGGACCGAGGCUGCGACGGACCGAGUACCACCUGUACGGAGGACUCCUGCUACCAUCAAGGGGUUUGUCUCCAGCAAUGGGAGGGCUUCACCUGCGACUGCACCAUGACGUCCUACGGAGGCUCAUUUUGCAAUGACCCUGGGACAACGUACAUCUUUGGCAGAGGCGGGGCCCUCAUCACGUACACGUGGCCGCCCAACGACCGGCCGAGCACACGGGCGGACCGGCUGGCGGUGGGCUUCAGCACGCAGCUGAAGGAGGCCAUCUUGGUCAGGGUGGAAAGCGCCAAGGGACUGGGCGACUACCUGGAGCUCCACGUAGAGAGAGGAAGGAUCGGCGUGAUCUUCAACGUGGGGACGGACGACAUCGUCAUCGAGGAGAGCGCGGUGAUGGUGAGCGACGGCAAAUACCACGUGGUGCGCUUCACGCGCAGCGGUGGCAACGCCACGCUGCAGGUGGACAACCAGCCCGUCAUCGAGCGCUUCCCCUCAGGGAACUUUGAUAAUGAGCGCCUGGCUAUUGCUAGACAAAGAAUCCCAUACCGCCUCGGUCGGGUAGUUGACGAGUGGCUACUCGACAAAGGUCGCCAGCUGACCAUUUUUAACAGCCAGGCGUUCAUCAAAAUUGGCGGCGGGGAGAAAGGCCGCCACUUCCAGGGCCAGAUCUCGGGCCUGUACUACAACGGCCUGCAGGUGCUCAAAUUGGCCUCCGAGGGCGACCCCAACGUGCAGACGCAGGGAAGCCUGCGCUUGGUGGGCGACGCGCCCUCGGUGCUCGCCGCCGACACCACUUCCACCACCCCCCUGGCCGACAUGUCCACCACCAUCAUGGAGACCACCACCACCAUGGCCACCACCACCACCCGCAAACAGCGCUCGCCCACCAUCAGGGACAGCGUCACACAGAAUGCGGAUGAAAUUUUGGUAGCGUCAGCAGAGUGUCCGAGCGAUGACGAAGAUUUGGAGGAGUGUGAGCCCGGAAAUGGAGGUGAACUAGUCGUGCCCGUUAUAACGGUGGACUCGAUAGACCCCCCCUCCAUCGCCACCCGCUACCCGGUAAUCCCUCCGCCCCCGACUACCUAUCGCCCGUCCCUCACCUUACUCGAAACCACCAGAGAGUCGCUCCCCUUGCCCAACGUGCGGCCCCCUUGCCCCGCCGACCAGGAGGACUGCGAGCCGUACGCGGAGGUAUCCGCGUACGGCUCGGGCGAGAUGACCGAGUCGGACGACGAGGACUAUUACAAAAACUCCCCCCUGGUUACCGACCGCAGCGUCCUCCCCCCAGCCCAGGCCCCGGCCCAAACCCCCCGAGACGGCCAUUUCUCACGCCACCCGCCCGCGUCCUCCGCCCCCACGGCCGACCCGGAUCGGCUCAGCCCCCGCGUCGAGGGAGCGGGCGGCGGCAAUAGCAACAACAUCCCGGCCGGCAAAAUGAACACUCGGGAUCGGGUGCUGUUGCCGCCGGCCCGCCCCUCGCCGGACCCCGGCCACCGCAGAGCGUCGGGAAUAACCUACCCUUCCAAUUUCCCCCGCGUUCCCACUCCAGACCCCUCGUCCCCCGAGAGAGGUCUUCCGGGCACGGUGGAGGUGCAGCAGUCGAGCAGCACCACGGGGAUGGUGGUGGGCAUCGUGGCGGCCGCCGCCCUCUGCAUCCUCAUCCUGCUCUACGCCAUGUACAAGUAUCGCAACAGAGACGAGGGCUCCUACCAGGUGGACCAGAGCCGCAACUACAUAAGCAACUCGGCCACGCAGAGCAACGGCACCCUGGUGAAGGAGAAGGCGCCGAGCGCUGCCAAGACGGCCCCCAAGAACAAGAAGAACAAAGACAAGGAGUACUACGUUUGAAGGGUAGAGGCAGGUAGCGCCCGAGAGAGAGAGAGAGAGAGAGGUGAGAAAUGGGAGCUCGGUGGACCUUUGGACGAGCCCACCUCGCCCUCUUGAGGCGAGAAGGCAAACUUAACCAUUUUGGAAGUCCCUUUUCGAAACUUCCUGUGCCAACAACCGAUUGGGUCAAGGUGUUAGUCCAGUACUGUCCAGAAUCAGCAUCAGUAUCCACAAUUGCGUCUUGGCCAUCUCUCUCCUCUCUCUCUCUCUCUCGCCGGGCUCACCCACUCUGCCUCUCGCACAGCAGCGGACGCGACCGCGUGUUUCGAGCAUGUAGUAUUCAUCCACGACAAACUUUUUCUUACUGUGGAGUUCAGAGGAAACAAAAAACAAACAAACAGAACAAGAAAACCAACGUAGCAAUUUCCGUGCCAUACCGCCACCGGUGGCCAAACUGCCCUUGGACCUCUGGGUCGCCUUUUUGCCACUUGGAAAUGCGCUCUGAGAAACUCUCUCACCAGCGAGCGAUCGCAUCAAAGCAGGGAACAAGAAAAAAAAAAAAAAAAGAUGCGUUUCGGUCAACCGGGCGAUGACAAAAUUUACGGACGGGCGUCGCAGAGAACUGAGAGCUGGCCGAGACAGUCACGCUAGGACUCUGCGCUAUUUCGCCGCGGAGGAUGCCGGUCGGGAACGCCGCGGCCUCGCUCGAGGCUCCGAGAAAAGACUACAUGGGAAUUCCGCCGGAGCCGGCCAGUCUCUGGAGCCCGGAGAGCACCUUUGGCAGUUCUUUGCGGGCUCCUGCGAAGACGGCCGUUCUCAAGUACUCGAGUGUUCGAAUCUUCUCUCCUCUGUUAAAAGAAAACUGUCCCAUGUUAAGAAAAAAAAAAAAAAAUGCCAAAAAAGUUUGUGAAACGUCUCAAUAUUUGCCAUCAAAGAGAAACGUGUUCCCUCCUGAUGAUCAUUCCCGUUUCCGCAAAGGAAAAAAAAAAACCAAGUCCACAAUCCUGGGCAAGAAGGAAGGAAACGUUUUUUUGUCGUCACUGGUUGGCCUUUGGUCAAUUUGGGCUCUGUACUUGUUCAUCAUGCUUCCUCAAUCGAUUCUUUUCCUUUUCUCACUGUACGGAAGAUUGUAUGUCCCUUCAUCCCUUUUUCUCACAAUUGCUUAUCCGGGUCUUGGUGUCUGGACCCUGACAGACCGGCACCGUCGUUCCAUUCCCACAUUUUUUUUUUUUUUUAAACUCCGCCUCAUCGCGUAACACCCCAAAUCCCCAUGUUGUUUCUAAAUGUUAUCGUAAAGUGUGCCAGUGAGAUGACUCUAAAUAUGUGUACAUCGACAGAGGGAAUACACUUGCUUAUAUACUUCUUACGUCGUGUGGUGCGUUCUGUCCCUUCGCCCGAUUCAGCACAACAGACCGACAUUCCCCCGUCGACGUCGCCGCGUCACGUCGGUUUGAAGCGUCGCCCAC